AGCUCUCUACAGAACGGAAACCGCGUCUACACGCUCAAGAAGGCGACGGCGACUGGCGGUAUCACUAAGAGCGCACAUCCAGCGCGGUUUUCGCCCGACGACAAGUUCUCGAGGCACCGUGUCACGGUCAAGAAGCGCUUCGGUAUUCUUCCCACUCAGACACCCGCCAAGCCGAUGUAA